AACGAGUCUUUCUGCAAAAUCUCGGGUUACAACAGAGCCGAGGUGAUGCAGAAGUCUUGCAGGUGUACUUUCAUGUACGGCGAGCUGACGGACAAGGAGACCAUCUCGAGGAUAGACGAGAUCCUGGAAGCCCAGCUCCACGACCAGUUCGAGAUCCUCCUCUACAAGAAGAACAAGACUCCGUUAUGGCUACUCCUCCAGAUCGCGCCGAUCAAGAACGAGCGGGACCUGGUCGUCCUCUUCUUGCUCACCUUCCGGGACAUCACCGCCCUCAAGCAGCCCAUAGAGACCGAGGAUGCCAAAGGAGGGACUUGAUCACGGCAAAGAGAAGAGCUCGUAAGAUAUGGCAGACUAACAGACUUCCUUCAGAUAAACGAACAUUUGACAGACUGAAUAAUCAAAUUAAACUACUAAUACAACAAUUCAAUGCGACAAACUAUGAUGCUUACUUGAAAAGCCUAUAG